GCAGCGCCCCCUGCCGGCCGCCGCAGGAGCGCCUCGGUCUGUAGCUCCCAGGGUGCCCCGCGGCAGCCGCGCACGGCAUUCUGGGGCCGGUAGUCCACUGGGAGCUCCUGUCAGGGGCGCGCCUGGGCCUCCCCGGAUCUCCGAGGCGGCCUUCCCCGGGCCUCUCUCUCUCUCUCUCUCCUGGGCCGGGAAGAUGGAGGGCGGGGGCCGGGCGGAGGAAGGCGGCGGGGCCGCGCUGGGGCCCUUCGUGAAGCAGUCCAAGAUGGUCAGCAGAGACCGGCCGGAAGUGAACCCCUCCUGCGACGCCCAUGGCACGCCCGACUUUUGGGACAGGCUUGUUCAGCAGCCGAGUUACCUCUGGAUGGAAGACUACCAGGAGGCCCCUCCCCGGCUGACGUCCGGCUGUGCAGCCCAGCGGCCUGCAGGAGAGGAGGGGGGCCCUUGGCCCUGGGAGGCAGCCCCUACUCCGCAGAGCCUCCCGGCCCCCAAGGACCUGUGCCGGAGGAAGAGGAAGGGGCUGAAGCAGAAGGGCCUCCGACGGGGCCUCUCCGUCUUGUACCACCUGGAGGAGGUGAAGAGGCGCCAAAGCAACAUCGACAAGCAGAAAGCGGCCCAGGAGAUGGGGGCCCUGCCCCAGCUCUGCCUCCAAAGGAACGGGACGGCCGGGGACCUGCCUGCACCCCUGCGGAGCCCCGCCCGGACGCCGGAGCCCUACGCCAGGCCCUUCCUGGGCAGAGGCACCAGUGCCCAGCUCCUCCUCCACCCGCAGUGGAACCCCAACCUGAGGGAGCCCCUGAGGUUCCCCGAAGAAAGCCCCCUGGCCUUCUACGCGGUGGCCGCCCACCACCGCUCUCCCCGCGGAGGAAGCGCUCAGCUGUGGCCGGAGGAAUGACCGUGGCCGGGCGGACGGCGGGGGUCAGCCUUGCCCAGUCGGGUUGCCUCCAGGGGUGGAGGGGUGAGGUGUUGUGUUGGCCAGGGUGGGUGUGGGUGUGUGAGCGUGGCCUGUGCCAAAAGGGGUUCAGGGGUCCCUCUGUGUGUGUGUGUCUUCCCGGGAGCCCCCAUGUGUCUCCUCUCCCCCCAAGGCCAGCCCUUCUCUCCUCCAUCCGUGCUUGGCCUCGCUGUUCGGGGAGGGGGGGGCCUUUUAUUUCCCUUUUGCAAUUCUGCCAAUAUCCCCCCCUCCCGACUGGCAGGCCAAAGAGCACCCCUUUCUCCUCCUCCUCCUCCUCUGGGCUGCCAAUAAGCCUCCCACCACCGUGGGCAGAGGAAAGGAAGCGAAUACCAGGGGAAACUGAGGAGGGUUUCCAUAGUAAUCCUGGCUCUGGCGAAGGCCGCCUUCUCUCUCCCUUGGCUCUCCUCCUCCUCCUCCACCUGCGUGUAACGUAGGAGUAAGCUCCUCCGAGGAGCUCAGCGAGAAAGAGGAGCCCCUGCCAGCCUCCUCCUUGUCAAUGGAGUGGCCGUGUUUCCUUUCCUGCACCCCAAAACCUCCAGGGAGACGGCUCUCCCCAGACCUCUGUCCACCUAGCUGGCCCGGGUGCCCCCCCCUCCCCUUUGCUCCCUGCCCUCGGGCCUCUUCCACGCCCU